AUGGCAUAUGGAACUGCAAACGGAGACCAGACCUCCGCCGAAUCUGACGAUACGUGCACAGUGCUAAUCAGCCUUGGAUACCGAGUACCAUUCCUCGGUGUUGGUUACAGUGAAUUACACAUUUGUCCGAACGGCCUUGUUUGCUUCAAUCAGCCAUUUGUUGGCUAUAUUCCACCAAACAAUACCCGAGGCUUUAGCAUUGACUUCAAAAAUGCCUUCUGCAUCGCAGCGUAUUUCACAGAUCUAGUGGUGACAAGCAAUCAGUUGUUUUAUCAGUCAUAUGAAUACACAAAAAAUACCAGCGCAAGCUGGAACGCCCUGCUAAAGGGCCUUGUUAAGGACAUCUAUGGCGAGGCGGACUUCGAACCCGUCUAUGCGCUGAAGGUCACAUGGGAUGGAGCGACGAGGUACAAGAGAAAUGAUACGGUUACGUUUCAAGCCGUGUUUACAACCAAUGGGACAAACUCGUAUUGCUUCCAUUCGUACCUCUAUGGUGGAAUGCUUGAUUCGUUGGGCUCACCGUUCAUUGGUUAUAUCGCAGAUGGUCAUUACGAUGGUCUUGACAACACACCCGACGGAAGCUACUUACGUCGAGCCGACAAAAAUCUAUACUUUAAUGAAACAUGCAAAGGUGCCGUCAGUUUUGACUACUCAUACAACAUGACUGUUGACUAUGAGAUUAACAAUACAUCUGUGUCCCUAAGUACAACUGAUUCCUCUGCAACAACUGAGGCUCCAACUGCAACUGAGGCUCAAACAACUACUGUGGCUCCAAGACCUACUGAGGCUCUAACAAUAACUGAGGCUCAAACAACUUUUGAGGCUCAAACAACUACUGAGGCUCAAACAGCUACUGAGGCUCAAACAACUACUGAGGCUCCAUCAACAACUGAGGCUCCAACAAAUUCUGAGGCUCCAUCAACUACUGAGGCUCCAUCAACUUCUGAGGCUCCAACAACUACUGAGGAUCAAACAACUACUGAGGAUCAAACAACUACUGAGGCUCAAACAACCACUGAGGCUCAAACAACAACUGAGGCUUCAACAAAUUCUGAGGCUCCAUCAACUACUGAGGCUCUAAUAACUACUGAGGAUCAAACAACUACUGAGGCUCAAACAACUACUGAGACUCAAAAAACAACUGAGGCUCCAACAACAACAACAACUGAGGUUCAAACAACUACUGACUCUAAAACAACUACUGAGGCUCAAACAGCUACUGAGGCUCAAACAACUACUGAGGCUCCAUCAACAACUGAGGCUCUAACAAAUUCUGAGGCUCCAUCAACUACUGAGGCUCCAACAACUACUGAGGAUCAAACAACUACUGAGGAUCAAACAACUACUGAGGCUCAAACAACUGCUGAGGCUCCAUCAACAACUGAGGCUCCAUCAACUUCUGAGGCUCCAUCAACUACUGAGGCUCCAACAACUACUGAGGAUCAAACAACUACUGAGGAUCAAACAACUACUGAGGCUCAAACAACCACUGAGGCUCAAACAACAACUGAGGCUCCAACAAAUUCUGAGGCUCCAUCAACUACUGAGGCUCCAACAACUACUGAGGAUCAAACAACUACUGAGGAUCAAACAACUACUGAGACUCAAAAAACUACUGAGGCUCCAACAACAACAACAACUGAGGUUCAAACAACUACUGACUCUAAAACAACUACUGAGGCUCAAACAGCUACUGAGGCUCAAACAACUACUGAGGCUCCAUCAACAACUGAGGCUCCAACAAAUUCUGAGGCUCCAUCAACUACUGAGGCUCCAACAACUACUGAGGAUCAAACAACUACUGAGGAUCAAACAACUACUGAGGCUCCAACAACUGCUGAGGCUCCAUCAACAACUGAGGCUCCAACAAAUUCUGGGGUUCAAACAACUACUGAGGAUCAAACAACUACUGAGGCUCAAACAACUACUGAGGCUCAAACAACUACUGAGGCAACAUCAACAAUAAAGGCUUCAGCAACAACAAAUGCCCAUACAACAAAUGAGUCUCCAUCUACUGUUCAAACACCAACUGAGCCUCCCACUACAGCGAAUGUUCCAACAACAAGUGAGGCUCAUUCAACAACUGAGGCUCAAACAACAACUGAUGCUUCAACAACAACUAAGACUCUAACAACAACUAAGUCCUCAACUACUGCAAAUACUCCAUCACCAACUGAAUAUACAAGUACUGCUAAUGUUCAAACAACAACCGAAGCUCCAACAACAAUGGAAGCUCCAACAACUACUGAGGUUCCAACUACAGUUAAUGUUCAAAGAACUACUGAGGCUCCAACUACAUCAAAUGUUCAAACAACUACUGUGACUCCAACUGCAACAGAUGCUCCAUCAACACCUGAGGCUCGAAGUACAGCUAAUGUUCCAACAACAACUGAAGCUCAAACCACAGCUUAUGUUCCAACAACAACUGUGUAUCCAACCAUUACCGAGGCUUCAACUACAGAUAAUGUUUCAACAACAGCUGAGGCUCCAAUAACAACAAAUGCUCCAACUACAGCUUAUGUUCAAACAACAACUGAGUAUCCAACUACAGCUUAUAUUCCAACAAUAACGGAAUAUCCAACUACAGCUAAUGUUAAGACAACAACAGGGUAUCCAAAUACAGCUAAUGUUCCUACAACAUCAGAGGUUCCAACUACAGUUUAUAUUCCAACAAUAACGGAGUAUCCAACUACAGCUAAUGUUCAAACAACAACAGCGUAUCAAACUACAGCUUAUGUUCCAACAACAUCAGAGGCUCCAACUGGAGCUUAUGUUCCAACAACGACUGAGUAUCCAACUACAGCUUAUAUUCCAACACCAACUGAGUAUCCAACUACAGCUUAUAUUCCAACAACAACGGAGUAUCCAACUAUAGCUAAUGUUAAAACAACAACAGGGUAUCCAACUACAGCUUAUGUUCGAACAACAUCAGAGGCUCCAAUUACAGCUUAUGUUCAAACAACAAUUGAUGCUCCAACUACAGUUAAUGUUCCAAAAACAACUGAUGCUCCAACUACAGCUUAUGUUCAAACAACAACUGAUGAUCCAACUACAGCUUAUAUUCCAACAACAACUGAUGCUCUAACAACAGCAUAUGUUCCAACAACAACUGAGGCUCCAACCACAGCUUAUGUUCCAACAACAACUGAUGCUCAAACACCAACAGAGGCUCCAAUUACAGCCUAUGAGCCAACCACAACUGAGGCUCAAACAACAAGUGAGGCUCCAAUUGCAGCUAAUUCUCCAAUUACAGCUAAUGUUUCAACAAUAAUGGUGGAUCGAACAACAACUGAGAUUCCAACUACAGCAUAUGUUUCAACAACAACUGAAGUUUUUACUAGAACUUUAUUUGCGUCAACACCUGACGCUGUUUACUCGACUGAACGCACAACUAAUCAACCAACUACUAGUGAAGUUCCUGUAGUACAUUGUGGCAUCUUGAUGACGUACGGCACUGCAGCUGGUGAUCAGGCCUCUCCCGCUUCUGACGAUACGUGUAGAGUGGUCAUCAACCUUGAUUACCGGGUACAAUUUCUUGGAGUGGCGUACAGAAAGAUAUAUCGUAUUUCACAGACCUGGAGGUGA